AUGAACUCCAUCUUUCGCCCAACCCUCUUAGGGGGCAAAGUCCAUCGCCCCUAUGGAACUGUUUCUCUCCCUUCACUCGGUCCCUGCGACUUCGUCGCACACCUAAAGGCCGUUCUUCCCGUUCCCUCGCCAAUCCCCUCUAGGGAUGGCCCUUUGCCACUCGUAGAGCACCUUUCGGCCGCUUUACCAUCAUACCCUCUCCCUCCAACGCCCCAGGAGCUAUCACUGGCCUGGUGGCGUAGCGCCCGCCCAGAGUGGAAAGAAGGCAAGAGCCGCGGCAAACAGAACAAUUGGGCACUCCUCACCGCGGCAAUGGACCGCCUCGUCAUGGUCAAUUAUGACCUUGACAUUUUCUACCAUCACACCUACGAGAAAGGUGUUGCAGACGACUGUGGUGUCAUAAACCACACAUCCACCUGGAGCAAGCCGGCAAUGAGAGUCCCCACAUAUAGGGCACGACUACACCUAACGCAACAAACGCGUUAUGAAAUUCCCACGCAAACCCUUCUUGUUGAUCGAUCCGCGGUGGGGGAAGGUCUCACCGUCGGUGACGUCCUCGAAGGGUUUGCAGGACUAUUGAAGAAGAGGCUGAGUGCCUCUCAACGAAAGAUGUUGAGAGAUCAGCAGAUCUUGGAGACGGGGAGGUUGAGGGCUGGGGGUGGGUAUAGCCACAAUGGCACCCAUAGAGACUUGCUGAAGGCUUGUCCGAAGGGGUUGAGGGGGAAAAGCAAUUUGAUUGUGGCUUUUGGAGGAGUGGAGAGGGACGGGACGGUGAAGCUCAUGGGGUGGUGGGCAUUAGUGGAUAAGGGAAGUGCAGAUCCACCACCGCGAGAAGAGGUGAAACCGGUGGAGUCUAGGAAACGGGGUAGAGAUGAGGAAGAAGUCGGUAGAGGCAAACGACAACGGGUUUAG